AAAGACAAACAAACACAAACUCAGCUCUGCUGUCGGAUCGCUGGGAUCCCCCAGGAGAACGCCUCUGCCUCCAAACGGCGGGGAUGGAGUGUCGCAGAAUAUGCUGAGCAGCGUGGAUGCAGGCCUGAAGGACGGAGACCUGAAGGACGGAGACGUGGUGUGUGUGAACGGAGAGCAGCUACAGGAGCGCCUCAGCUCCAUCACGGUGUCGACCGGCUGCGCCCAGCGGGGGCCAGAGGAGCAGGCGGCUCAAGGAGGUCAAACAUGCACAAACGCUGCCUCUUCUGUGAACCGAGGAGAAGAAAGGCAAAUAAAGGAGGAUGAGAAAGGAGAAGAAAUGAAGGAGGAAGGUGAUGAUGAAUAUGACAGGUUGCAUCGCUCUUCAUUCAGUUGGUUCAAAGAGCGUCGGCCGGACAGCAGAGCCGCCAUCGACGCAAAGAAGGCUCAGUGGAAAAGAGAGCUUGAUGAGCAGGUCGCCCUAAAGCAGCAGCUGCAGCGCUCAGCCCCCAGCAGACUGCAGGGUGAGAAAUAUGCAGAGAGUGUUUCCUCUGUCGGCCACAGAGAGCAGCCAGCCGCCAUCAGGUCCAGCCUCCGACUCGGGGAGGUGACGCCCAUGGAGGAAAUGCUGAUCGUGGAGAGGAAGGAGGAGCAGAGGCGGGUCUGGCUGGAGGAGCUGGACCGCCAGCGGGAGGAGACGGCCGAGCGCCGGAAACAGGAGAAGCUGCAGCGGAGACAGACGGAGGACCACGAGCGCUGGGCCGCGCACUUCGACUCGCUCCAGCGCAGAGCGCCAGCCCAACCCGCGGCCCCGGGGCGGCUGAGCGGCUCCGAGCGAGACGACUUGGACCCGUCGUCCUGCUUGUCGCUGGUCUGGGAGGGAACCAGCAGCUGCGGAGCCGACAGCGUCCUGGGAGCCAGCGUGGAUUCAACCAGAGGUUUUCCCUCCAGAUCCAGCUUCCUGAGGACGAUGACGUCGCUGCUGGAUCCGGCGCAGAUAGAGGAGCGAGAGAGGAGGCGGCUCAAACAGCUGGAGCAGCAGAGAGACAUCGAGGCCCAAAUGGAGGAGCGCAGGAAGCAGAGAGAGCUGGAGGAGGCGGCGAGGAAACGGGAGGAGGAGAAGGAGGAGUGGAGGGUUGCCAUGGAGAGGGAGAAGCUGCAGAAGCAGUACGAGUUGGAGAUGCUGAAGAAGAAGGAGAAGGUUUUGGUUGAGCGUCAGAACGAUCCGGUCCCUCCGGCGGAGCAGCCAGAGAUCGGCGGCGGGUCGGAGGAGAAACCCGGAUCCAGAAUCACCAGGGAGGCUGAGUGUGUGGGAAACGGCGACCGCGGCUCGUCGUUUAAAGACUCGUCUGUUCAGACGGAGGACGCUCCUCCUCCUGUUCACACCGCUGACGUCUCCGUCCAGAACCAGAACCGUCCGCCUCCCUGUGGUUCUGCCGAGCCUAACGGCAGGAGCCGUGCGCCGAGAGCGGGAAAGGAGAACAUCUGUGUGCCGGCGGGAGAAGACCCAUACGCUCCGUUCGCCCGGGCGGAGAAGAGCCAGAGGAGCAAGACGAGGCCGGAGUGGGGAACACAGAGGCCCAGCCGGCGGUUCGUUCCCGCCUCGCAGCGCUACCCGGUCGCCCUGCAGAGGGACCGGCAGGAGAGCCGCCUGAGGAGGCAGGCUGAGCUGCUGGCCCUGCAGAAGACCCGUCCGACCAGAACGGAACCGCCCGCUGCCCAGCAGGAGGCCCGGCUCUGCCCCGACGCCCUGCAGCACGGAACCAGUACCGCUAAGAAGGUGGAAUCGGGUUUGAAGGGAAACGUCGACACGGACCGGGGGCGCUCUCCUCCUGCCCAGAGCCAGCAGGCCUCCGGCUCUCCUCCUCCUCCUGCCCUGGAGUUCAUUCCUUACCUCCGGACCGCCGAGGUCUUCAGCCUGGACCCCCUGGAGCCCGCCGACACGCCGCCAGCCAGGACUCACCCCGGCCCUCGUCCUCCUGAGGCCGCAGCUCCUCCUGGCUCCUCGCAUCACGACCCGCUGCUCCACCCAGAGAUGCUGCCUGGCUCCCAGCGCCAGCAGGAGAUCCUGAGGCCUGGCUCAGCUGCGGCAGGGUUUAUUACAGAAGCAGAAGGAGCUGGAGACGGACCUAAGGCCGUCCGGAACCGCAGUGACAACGAGCAGCGCGCGUAG